GUGUUGUGCCUGUGUAGACCGUCAGCAAGGGGACUGAACACAACGAUAACAUCUCUGGCCGUUUUUCAAAUUGCUCCUGCACAUAUUGUACGGACAGUACUUGAACGCAUCAUCAUAUUGACGUCGCUUCCGACAAUGGACGAUAACGCCUGUUAAAGCGAUCUUGGCGAUGGCCUAAUGAAUAAGUGUGUUCGGUUUAAACGUUUUUAACAAAAAAACUUUGAGGCAACCAACUACGUUUUGAAUCAAAGCAUAAACAAAGGGACCAGAUGCAGUCCUUUGCUCAGGAGAUCGAAGGAUUCUCCAAAAGUCGUCUGAAGAAGCAGGUCACUCACGUCACCACCAUCACAGGACGGCGCCAUGUGGAGAGGAGGAGGGACGGAGGGACCUGCGAGGUCCAGGACAUUGAAGAUGAGCCUACAGGCUUUGGCUUUGUUGAAGACAAAAGUCUAGACCUUCAAGUGGGCGUGGUUAGACCUUUUCUUCUACUGGCCUCCCAGGAUGUGGCCCAUGACAUUGACACACUGCAGAGAUAUAAGGUAUCCCAUGUGCUGAAUGUGGCGUAUGGUGUGGGGAAUUUGUUCCCAGACCAGUUGACCUACAAAACGGUGAACAUACUGGAUGUUCCAGACACUCCAAUCACCUCCUAUCUGGCGGACUGCUCAUCGUUCAUAGACCUAGCCAGGGCCAAGCCGGGCGUGGUACUGGUGCACUGCAAUGCUGGCAUCUCACGCUCCACCUCCAUCGUGAUUGGCUACCUGAUGCUCCGCGAAGGGCUGUCAUUCGAAGAGGCGUUGGGACAGGUUAAGCACGCCAGGCCGUCAGUCUGCCCCAACGCGGGCUUCUACCGACAGCUGAAGAGCUACGCCCCUGGAAGAGCUUAAGACCCCAACGCUUCAAAACAUCAGGCUAAUUAAAAGACCAAUUAAAGCAAAACACACAUGCUUAAGUAGA